AUGCCACCAACCCCCCCCCGCAUCCAGGUCAACAACCUCUCGUACAGCUUCCCCGACCACGCCACGGGCGUGCGCAACAUCGUGCUCGACCUGCCGCCUCGCUCGCGCACCCUCCUAAUCGGGGCCAACGGCGCCGGCAAAACGACGCUGCUCCGCCUCCUCGCCGGCAAGCGCCUCGCGCCCAGCAACACCAUCGCCAUCUGCGGCGUCGACCCCUUCAAGGAGUCGGUCGAGGGCGUCACGUACCUCGGCCUCGAAUGGGUGCUCAACCCCAUCGUCCGCAACGACAUUGGCGUCACGGAGCUCCUGCGCUCCGUCGGCGGCGACGCCUUCCCCCGCCGGAGGGACGAGCUCGUCGCCAUGCUGGACAUUGACACGGCCUGGCGCAUGCACGCCGUGUCCGACGGCGAGCGCCGCAGGGUCCAGCUCGCCAUGGGGCUGCUCCGGCCCUGGACCGUCCUCCUGCUCGACGAGAUCACCGUCGAUCUCGACGUGCUCAGCCGCGCCGAGUUCCUGGCCUGGCUGAAGCGCGAGACGCAGCAGCGCGAGUGCACUGUCGUCUACGCCACCCACAUCCUGGACAACUUGGCCGGCUGGCCCACGCACCUGGUGCACAUGCACCUCGGCACCGUCAAGGAGUGGGACGAGACGGACAGGAUGCUCGGGUCCAUCGACGGCACCGUCGCCAGGUCCGGCAACAGCCGCCUGGGCGAGCUGGUCCUGGGCUGGCUGAGGGAGGACCUCGAGGCCCGGGGGCCCAGGAGCAGCCUCAACCUGGGGUCCGAGGGCAAGACGUAUAAUUUCGGAAGCAUCGGGAUUGGCGGCUACGGCGACGAGUCGAAGCAAAAGGCGGUAUAA